CAGCAAUCGAUCACCGCUGAAAGCCUUACGCACGCCCCGCACACCUGGUCGUUCAGUGUUGGGCAAUGUCAACAACAGUGCUUCUAGCUGCAGGCCAAACCAAGAUGUUGGGGCAUCACCGGUGCUGAGGAAGAGGACACUGGGGUCACUCAGAGAGCCAUCCAAAGGAACCCAGAAUGAGGAAGGUGGGAGAGAGGGGGAAGGUUCACUGCGCACCAAGAACAGGCCCAAGAGGAUGGCAUCAAUUCAUUCUGGGGAGAACGCAGUUAAUGAGGUGAAAGAUCGUGGAGGUAUGCAGGAGUGCCAUCUAGUAGCCAAGCAACUGUCCAAGGCUGAAACAAAUGACGUAUGGAAACACGUCCUCCUUGGCAAGUUAGAUUCAGUGUGUGAACGCUUAUUGUUCGGUGACACAUCGUGCAUACUGGACCCCAGAGUGGUGGAGGGGGAGUGGGUGCAUCACAACAUGACCAGAGUGACCUCGAGGGGUGUGGUGCUGGCCCCUGAUGGUCACCCAGAUGACCUUCCUAAUUGGAUCCUCACAGCUAUGAAGUGCAUGGCUCACUGGCCUAAUGUUGCAGACACAAGUUGCAACAUCCCCAACUAUCCUGGGGUUGAAAGAGAUGUUUUUAAGAUCGUCCGUGACUUCUUCACCAAUAUGGUUGUCCCUCUGAUUCCGUACGAGCUCUACGAAUCUUUUAUUAGAAUGUACAUCGGCGCCGAGUUCCUCGACAUAACUUACCGAUCGCCAACCUCCAGCGGCGGUGCUUCCUCCUCCUCCUCCAGCGGUGGGAGCUACCGACCGGACGACUUUAACGACAACGAUUCUGUGGAUGAUCUAAUGUUGAACAUGAGCAUAUGUGGGCAGCAGCAGAAGACAUCAACCCCAAACUCAGACAAUGACAAUAUUGUAAAUGGUGAGAGACUUGAUGUUGAGGCUAGUGGAGUGUUCAGGAGGCAGGGGUCCAGCAAGAGCCUCGGCAGCGGCUCGCACACUCCCUCCGUCGGGCGUAACUCUGCCCUCAACUCUUCUAAGCUGCAGAGUCUUAAGCUUAGAAGGUUAAAAAACUACACAGAUUUUAAGGAAGAUAACUUGUACCCCACACUGCUGGAAGGGAGCCACGAGGGAAGUUGUCUGGGACUUCUUUCAGAGAAUCAAGAGAAUAUAAAGCCACUUCUCCGGCAGAGUAAAUCACCGCAAGAGUUUGCGAUGCAGAGACAACCGGAAACUGUUCGUUCUGUUAAAACUAACGAUCACGCGAGGAGAGUGAGGAGAGAGAACGACGGCAGGGAGGUCGUGUCCGAGUCUGCUGGUGUUGUUGACAAUAAGGAAUUAGAUAAUGUUGAACUACCCCAAAAUUGUUGCUUUGAAACUGCAUUUACAUCUGACAGUCCAAAGACCAGAAUUAUUCCACAAAAAUCAGUUGAUUCUUUACAUUUUAAGAAUGGAGACAGAGCAAAGAAAAUGCCCAAACCACGACCCAAAAGCAUAGCUGCUCCAUCACUGACGACCUGUGAGGCGGCGGCCGACACCACCAGGGAGCUGAGGAACCUCUCCACAGUUUCAGAUUUAUUUAAGUCCAGCAUAAUGUCCACCAACACCAGCGGGGAGUAUGUGACAGCACUCAUGCACUCGCCUAUGAAUCGGUCAAGAUCGGCUGGAAACUUAGAAGCCCUUAAUGAAGAUGGUAUCUCACACAGCUCCCCAGAGUCAGUCAGCGCGCACAAUAUAAACGAAAUUGUUCCUGCACGGAGUUUGGCGAGUAGAAUUAGAGAUUCCAUUAAAAGAAAACACGUCCGCGACGAUUCUGCAUCUAAAAAACGUAGCGGUCGAAGUAAAGAUAAGAAGGAGCGCGACGACGGUGAAUAUCAAGCUUUAGACCAUUUGAGAACAAAAUCUGGAGGUUACAUGAACCUUGCUCUUGCUCCCGUCGGCAGUAACCAGGAGGACACGAGAAGCAUCAAAUCGUGUGUAUCGGACUACCGGGACCUCGGGCCGGGGCUGGGUCAUCUCCGCACUAAGUCGGGAGGCUUCUUGAACUUGGCUCUGAUGCCGUCCAAUGACAGCGUUGACACGGUCGACUCCACCAACACCUUCUCCGGACCUCCCGCCACACACUCGGACGCCUACCUUCCAGGCCAGCGCUGCACAUCCAUCUCCCCACUCUACGGUUAUAAUAGUAAGAGUUCGGCGCCACGGACCGAAGCGGUUAAACGAAGGAUGAUCACGCCGGAUGGAUGUCUGAGCCACAGUCUAUCAUCUUCAUCUGGCUGUAGUGUGUACCACUCGGCUCUGUCCAGUAGGAGCGACACCCCUGCAGGUCCUCCCUUACCACCGAGGAAUGUACAGCCAGUGAGCGGCAUGGCAGGCAUAUAUGCAGCAACUCGGUCCCAAGAACUACAGAGGCUGCACAACUAUGAGAACCUACCAGACCUCUCCAAGCAGCUGUCAUCUUCUGCUAACGAACUGAGUGACCGCUGGGCCGACCGCACCCCCUACGGACAGGUGCCCCCGUACGCCGAGGGGGGAGUGUGGCGUCACUACCACUCCUCCCCAAGUAAGCGUCUGAUCGGCCGCAGGAAAGGGAUCGAGUUUUACUAUGGGAGCAAAGCUUGUCUGCCUGGGCUUUUAACAAGAGAGGGUAAGGAUGUUGCUGUCGGUUCUAUUCAGUUACUAUUGCUGCUGUUAGCUCCAGUCCGGCGCAGGAAGCUGCACCUCCUGCUGCGCAUGAUGAGCAAGAUGUCCAACAAUGACAAGUUGAGCCUCGACCAGGAACAAUCCACCCGAGCUCUGGUACUGAACACCUUCACACGCAGCAUCCUCCUGUGUACGAGAAGUGGACUACUGAAGUGUUGUCGCUCCGCAUAGUCUCCUUCCUCAUGGAUAACCACGAAGAAAUAUUACGGCCUCCGCAAGAUCUCGCCGUCCUUGUCCACCGCAGACUCUCGCAGAUACAGCGGAGUCAGAUUGUGUAUGGUUCCACCGUGGGAGACGGGGGCGUGACAAUCACUUACUGCCGUCAGGUCUCAAACACCGAGUACGAGCGCCAGCGUAUGACGGGCUCUCAACAAUUUUUGACUCAACUACUUGAGCAAAUUGUUAAUAAUGAAAAGUUAUCAGCCAAGACCAAGAAGAAGAAACUCAAGGAAUUCAAGUCGCUGUACCCUGAGGUGUACAAGGCGAGGUUCCCCAAGGAGGAGCACAAAGCCGACGGUCGCAGCAAGAUGCGAAGUCUCAUCAAACUGGCUUCCUUCUCCUCUCUGGGCAAAAACCGUACACUGAGGAUGUAAAGAGCGCGUGGUGGCCCGACCAAAGAUCACAACCCAAGGAGUGAUAUUACCCGCUCGUCUCCCAGUUAACGAUACGAGUGCCAUUAAGUGCCAAAUUAGAUCUGAGAUUAUUGCACUGCUUGGUCUCUGAUAAGUUUAUAAUUAAUAUCUCUGGGUUAUAAAAUGUAUAUAAACACAUGACAUUUAUUUUCUAAUUUAUCACACUAAAAGCUUAUGAACUUUAAUAAGUAGACUCACACGACAAGAGGUAACGUUAAGAGUGCUUGCUUUCUCCGUACAACCUAUUGUGCAAUGUUAGUCAUUAAGGAAAAAGCAAUUAUUCAACCCUCAGGAAUAUUUACAACUGGCUCUUGUGCUUCUCACUUGUCUGUCUGUAUCUUGUAUAUAUUUUCUGUACAGUAUAAUGAUUCUUUUUUAGUAUUUCUUCAUAUAAAACUUCGUGAUACUUUUAUUGUUGACAUUAAAGAUAAAUAUUAUAGUGUUGGUGUCAAUGAUCGCUACGGUGUAUCGACGUGGCAACCAUUUUUUGGACUUGUUCUUAUCCUCUAGUAAAUAUAUCAUGAUUUUAGUGCAUUCCUAUACCAUAUUGUCUUAUAUAUGACACUGCUCCCCUCCAGGCUGAGUCAUUACAACACAUCUGCCCCUCUGUCCUCUGUAUCAGCUUCUCUUCUGUAACUGAAUUACAUUGAUGAUCCAGGUCAGGUAAUUACUGUACACCCAUGGAAACUUUUGCUGUUCCUGUGUGUCUCCUAGUGAACAGUGUGUCUCCUAGUGAACAGUGUGUCUCCUAGUGAACAGUGUGUCUCCUAGUGAACAGUGUGUCUCCUAGUGAACAGUAUGUCUCCUAGUGUACAGUGUGUCUCCUAGUGUACAGUGUGUCUCCUAGUGAACAGUGUGUCUCCUAGUGUACAGGAUGUCUCCUAGUGUACAGUGUGUCUCCUAGUGAACAGUGUGUCUCCUAGUGAACAGUGUGUCUCCUAGUGUACAGGAUGUCUCCUAGUGUACAGUGUGUCUCCUAGUGAACAGUAUGUCUCCUAGUGAACAGUAUGUCUCCUAGUGUACAGUGUGUCUCCUAGUGAACAGUAUGUCUCCUAGCGAACAGUAUGUCUCCUAGUGUACAGUGUGUCUCCUAGUGUACAGUGUGUCUCCUAGUGUACAGUGUGUCUCCUAGUGUACAGUAUGUCUCCUAGUGAACAGUAUUUCUCCUAGUGAACACUAUGUCUCCUUGUGUACAGUGUGUCUCCUAGUGAACAGUGUGUCUCCUAGUGAACAGUAUGUCUCCUAGUGUACAGUGUGUCUCCUAAUGUACAGGAUGUCUCCUAGUGUACACGAUGUCUCCUAGUGUACAGAAUGUGUACAGUAAUGAAAAUAUAUUUUUGUCACAUGUACAGUCACCCACAAAUGUCGUCACCUCUCUCUGAACCAUGAACCCCAGGAUUCAGACUCAUGAACCCCAGGAUUCAGACUCAUGGACCCCAGGAUUCAGACUCAUGGUCCCCAGGAUUCAGACUCAUGAACCCCAGGAUUCAGACUCAUGGACCCCAGGAUUCACUCAUGAACCCCAGGAUUCAGACUCAUGAACCCCAGGAUUCAGACUCAUGAACCCCAGGAUUCAGACUCAUGGACACCAGGAUUCAGACUCAUGAACCCCAGGAUUCAGACUCAUGAACCCCAGGAUUCAGACUCAUGGACCCCAGGAUUCAGACUCAUGAACCAGAAGCAGUAGACUGAACUUGAUAGUUCCCAACCUAACAUAAUAUACCCAUGGUGGAACGAGUCCCAAUCCUAGUGGUAUGAUUAGCUUUGGGCUCAUGUGACCAGUUAGUGUGUAGUUUUAUGGAGUGUUGUGCGUAGUAAUAAUAGAACAGGUCGGUUUUAUUAUUGGUGUACAUAAAAGAAUAAUAUGAAAUUCAGUUUAAACUUUUGCUGGUCUGUUGAGACAAAGUGGUGAUGAGUGUUUUUACCUGGUGUGAUUUCAAUCCAUUAACUUGUGGUGUAUGUGUCAGUAUUAAAACAUCAUUGAAUAACAAGUGAUUGUAUUGCUUAAUACAUCCACUGCUGGUAAGAGGCAGAGAGGUAAUGUUUUGUAUUCAUAGCCUGAGCUCUGAUUUUAACUUUAAGAGUCAGAUGGGGAUGACUUAUGUAGUGCAGGGUUGACCACUGACUUGGCACGACCCCCAAAUAUGGUAACUGUGUCUUCUGGAAGUGUUUGCUAUAGGACCACAAGGCAAUGGUCAUGUGAUAUGUUUUAUUGUCAUUUGGUGUAAUGUUUUGUUCCAGAUCCUAUCAGAUUUUAAAAUUGUAAUUAUGGUAUGCAUAAAUAGAUUGAAAAGUUAUUAUA